AUGAAAGGAUUUUCUGUUCCUUCAGUCCGAGCAGAACACCACUACCUUAAUGAAUGCAUUGACGCCAUGGAUAGAAAGCUAGUUGUAAUCCAAAAGCCAUUCUUAUUUGGCAACAGCUGGUUGGAUCGUUGCAGCAGCGCCUCCAUGGCUCUUGUGGCUGUAUAUGAUUACAAAAAAGGAAACCAAAAACAAUACAUUUAUCUUCAAGACUACAUGUGUAUCAUCUUUGGCAACAGCAAAAAAUAUCUUGAAGAGCUAUUAAGAGCAGAUGAGACCAAUCCGCAGAGAAUGAGGAUGAGAAUUUUGAGAGCCUAUACUGAAACUGCUUUUGAGGGAAGAGCUAAACACUAUGAAGCUAAUAAUCUGCAUUUUGCUUCUCUUUCUUCUCUUGCAAUUAUUUCUCUGCUGAGAAGAUCGUUACUGGAAAUCUGCUUUCUUGCGAGGACGUCUUCUCUUGCGUUAUUGUCUCUUGAUGCCCUGUUCAAGCGACGUGCCUCCAAAAAUGACACAACGAAGGCAUCUUUUACCUACUCUAACUACGAACUUGGAGAGAUAAAAGCCUCAUCAAAGAUAUCAGUCUCUCUCUCAGAGCUUCUCAAGAAUUCAGACUGGAACUCCAGCUGUGUCAAUCUCGUGUUUUUGGUCUCUGAUGUCAAUGAUGAUGAGAGUGAUAAUGAUGGUGCAGGCAUAGAUACAGACGCAGAUGUGGAAGGGAGACGAAAUGAGAACUGGGCCAGAAAACUAGGUGUUGGAAUAUGUGAUUCCAUCUUUUUGCCAGACGAAUAUUACUGGGGCUGCAUCUGUCUCAACUAA